AAUAAUAAAUAACAGUAUUUUGAUGACAUUAUAACAUUUUUAAAUAAGUGGGUCAUUAAACAGCUCAAUGGGAUAAUAAGUCCAAGGUAUUUCCUCUCAAAUUCUUAAUCCAAUUAAUAUUCGAACGAGAUAACUUCUGUGUAUGUUAUAAUUUUCGAAUAACGGUGAAAUCAAUGAUUCGUAUUUCGUUCUUUACUAAUGUUAUACGUAGCAACGAUAAAUAAUAGACUUCUAAAAGUCAAUAUUAACAAAUAUCCUGACCGAAUUAAGAAAUAGAACAAAUGUUUUGCAUUGUUUUUCUUACUGGCACACUAGUCAUAAAGUUAGUUUUGCUUAAGAGCUCAUUUACAAGCACAAGUUUCCGUCAAAUACCCUUUACUUUAGCUUAAAUUUAUUCAUGGUAAGUUAUAAAUAGGUGUUCAUUAUUUAAAAUUAAAUUUAAAGAUUAUCUUCAUAACACUAAAGCAAUGUUAUUAUUACGUCUAGAAAGGGUACAUAGUUCAAUAUAGUUCUUGUCACUAGAAGUCAUCUAACUUAAUUUUCUCCCUCUUCCAAUUCAUUUCUACUGUCUUCUUUUCAUUACGAGUUUCCACUUGUCUAUGUCUCUAUAAAUUUCACCAUUUUCUUCUCUGCUUAAGAUUUACGUCUUCUAUCAGGUCAUUUGACUAAAAUAAUUUUUUUUUAUCACAAACAAUAAAUCCAUACGUUUAAUGAAAAAUUCUGAUGAAAAUUACUUUAUUUCCUACCAUCAACAUUUUCAACAAUUAUCUUAAAAGUUUAUGUUAAUUGAUGGUCUGCACUUCUUCUUUCUGUUUUUUACAAAUGUAUUAAAAUCGCUGGACGAAAUCGAAUGCUAAUAUCUUAUUUUGCUUUAUUCCAUUCUAACAUUAAUAAUGAUAUUUAUGGAUUCAAUAAAAAUUUAUCAAAGUUAAUCAGUGAAAAAUAUCGAACAAUAAAUCACUUGUAUUAUCUUUGGCGUAUCGGCUUUUCUAUAUCUGGAGGUGUCAUCGCUAUUAAUGUGCGGGUUGACUUUGUUGUGUUCACAGUCCUACUGCCUGUACUUGAAAAUCAGGAACUACUCCAACUCGUUGAUCCUACUGCUUAUACUUUGAAACGAGAAUCACUGCAAUUCCCACAAUGUAAAGCAAUAAAGCGUAUGACUGGUCCAUUGACGUCCCUACACAUGUCAAAAAAAUCACAUCGUCAUUUGAACAAAACACAAUCAUUUCUUUACUAAUUUUUGCACACACUUUAUAAUAACACAUCUAUGAGGAAAUAUAUGGGGUUACUGUAGAAAUCCACACACUGAAUAUAGUUUACCAGAAGUGAUACUGGGAAUAUAAUUGCCACACUGAACAAAGCUAAUACCUGUCAUACUAAACGAAGUUUAUUCUGAAUCGAUACAAAAAAUAUCAACCUUAAAAUCGUCACGUUGAACGAAGUUCACACCUGUCACCCUGCCUGAAAUUCAUAAUAAAUCAAUACGAAAAAUAUUUACAUAAAUAAUGUCACAUCUUUAUACCGUCAUAUCAUCGGUAAUUCUCAGGUAUUUUCUUACUGUUUUACAUUAACUCAGCGCCUAACUACUGUGAAAUUAUUCAUUCAAAUUUAGACGAAAGUUUCUACUUCACUUUAUAUUAUACUGAGUUACAGUUUACUAACUUAUUAUGUUGUUUAUUAGUAAAUUAGGAAUAUCAUAGCACAUUUUACUAGGAAUUUAUCAAUUUUUCAUUUUGUGUAUUUUCG